CACGAAUCGAAUGCACCACACGGCGGCUUGUUUCGGAAGCUGCGUUCUGUUUUUCAUUCACCAAUUUCACUCGUCCUCCGCACCGAUGGUGAACAAGUUCUUCCUCCGCGGUCUCGGCUUCUUUAACGAUGCGUACGAUCUCUCGGUCAUCAACAUCGUCAACGUCAUCUUGGAGCACCAGUACGGCAAGAGUGUCUUUGACAGCUCGAUGAAGUCGAACGUCUCGACGUCCGCACUCAUUGGCGCCGUCCUCGGUCAGCUCGUCUUCGGCGUCCUCGGUGACAUGUACGGCCGCAAGAACUGCAUGAUUGCGACGUGUGCGCUCCUCAUCGUCGGUGGUAUCCUCUGUGCGGCGGCCUACGGCGGUUCGGCCCUCGGCACGCUUUGGUUCCUCGUCGUUGCCCGUGGUGUUCUCGGUUUCGGUAUCGGCGGCGAGUACCCGCUCGCGGCGUCGUCGUCGUCGGAAGAUGCCACGUCGCCCGCCGACCGCAACCGCCGCGUCUCGCUCACGUUCUCGCUCCAGGGUGUCGGCUUCCUCAUUGCUGGUGUCUUUGGCUUGAUCAUGGUCAACGCGAUGGACCCGACGACCCAGAACCUCGAGAUCAUGUGGCGCGUGCUCUUUGGCAUCGGUGUCCUCCCGGCGCUCUUCCUUGUCUACUACCGCAUCACGGCCGAAGAGACCCAAGCGUACAAGACGAUGAUGGCUGAAGAAGUCCACGUCCAGAAGAUCCGCUGGUCGUUCAUCCUCAAGCACUACGGCAAGAGCCUCCUCGGCACGGCCGGCACGUGGUUCCUCUUUGACAUUGUGUUUUACGCGCAAAACCUCUUUACGGCGUCGAUCCUCUCGGUGAUUGGCGCCAACUCGACGCUCCACACGAUCGCGCUCCAGAACGUCUUGAUCUCGCUCGUGGCGCUGCCGGGUUACUACGUCGCGUGCUUUUUCAUCAACAAGAUGGGCCGCAAGCGCAUCAUGCUCCAGGGCCUUAUCUGUAUGACGAUCAUCUUCCUUGUGCUCGGCAUCUGGUGGGACACGAUCAAGGACCAGAGCGCGGUCUUCAUCAUUCUCUUUGGCUUGACGCUCUUCUUCUCCAACUUUGGCCCCAACAUGUCGACGUUCGUCAUGCCCACGGAGAUGUACCCGACGGCCAUCAAGAGCUCGUGCCACGGCUUCUCGGCCGCCAUGGGCAAGGCCGGCGCUGCUGUCGGCUCAUACGGCUUUGCGCGCUGGGUCGACAACCCGAGCUUUGGCUACGUCGGCACGUGGUACACGUUUGCCGGCAUCUGUUUGGCGGCGCUUGUCCUCACGUGGUUCUGCAUGUUUGACAACAACGAGGAGGCGAGCGUCAUGGACAACGCGUUCAAGGCCAAGCUCGCGCUCGAGAACGACGAGACGCGCAAGUCGUUUAUCGCUGGCGAGGACGAGCACGACGUCGAUGCUACCACCGCCUACGAAAAGGCGUAAACAAGUCGCCUGUUAGAAACACCACUCUAGUAAAACUAUAACACAAUGUGUACAUUAUUUUAGAAACAUG